UUAGCUUGUAACACUGCGCACGUUGACGUUUGUUUUGUUUUUUAGUGUCGGUAAAAUUUGAAUUCACUGUCAUCGUUUGAAAUGGAGAUUUUCGGUAGCACCUUUGACGAUUCGGUGUUAGAGGAAUCAAGAGCGAAGCCAACUGUUGUUGCACUGUCGUCUUACAAUGCAAAGUUCUGUGAAGCAGAGUGGUUUUGGGAGAGCAUCGACACAGAGGACAUUUUGGAGAAGCAAAAGAUCUUCAAAUUUCGAGCUGAUAUGGCGUACAGGCGAAAGAACUUCCAGGAAGCUUUAAACGCCUACACUACCUGCCUUUCCUAUAUCCCUGACGGCAACCUGACCAUUAGGCGGGACAUAAUGGAGGGAAUGGCAAGGUGCUGUUGUCACCUGGGGAAGAGAGUGGAGGCCCUGGAGAUCACAGAAACACUUAAAAAUGAAGCCUCCAACACCUGUCACCUCACGGGUCUACUUCAUCUGACUGCGAACGUCCACGAGCGCUUCGGAGACCUCAGGAGCCAGGUCACUUGUCUGCAGCAGCUGUGUUCUCUCCACCCCUACCACCAGUGGCACUGGAUGAAGCUGGCACAAAGCUACCUUCAUCUCCUUCAGUCUCUGUCAUCACCCUCAGGCUCCAGUCCUCUUCAACGGGGAGAUGACUCUCAGACUGAGGAGCAACUGAAGGAAGAGCGGGACGGCGUUUGGCUCAAGGCCUGCAUGUGUUUUGUCCGGGCCAGACUCGUCCUCAGGGCAUUAAAGGGCCAACAGUCAUCCUUUGUUCUCCAGAACAGUGAGAGAGCCCUACAGAAGGCUGAUGAGGCUCUACGGUGUCUGGAACCGAAAGACACCACACUACAGCUAGUCUCUGAGGUGAUGUCAGAAGAUGUAAUUCCAGAGAGGAUGAGAGAGGACAACCAGGAUGGAGAGAGCUUGGCAGGUCUCUCUCUGAAGGACUUUGAAGACAGGUGGUGGAACAGACUGGUACAGACAGGAGUACUGAAGAAGGAUGGACCUAAACUACCCUCUGUAAAGACCUAACUAGGCUACACAUUUUGAUGAAUGGAUUUAUUUUUUUACUUCUGCGUGUAACAAUGUGGUGACCGCCUUAUGAAAUUAAAUAAUGUCUAAAUGUCA